AUGGCAGGCGGUGAACAACGGACAUGCGAAGAUUUAAGAGGACUUGACAGCGGCACGAUUGUGUGUGUGUGUGGGGUGAAUUUUAACAGAUUAACCAAGAAGAAGAAGAACAACAACAACAACAAAAAGCGACAUGAAAAACCACUCCUCAAGGCACAGGUAGGCCAAUGGGAAAGAAAGAAAAACGGCUGUGCGUUAGAGAGGAUCAAAGAAAACAAAAACCAACAGCAACAACAAAAACAAAAAAAAAAAGAAACUGAGGAGAUUUCUUCUCAGGCUCAAAUGGACUUUCUCCUGUGUGAGUUAACUCUUCCAUUUACAUGUAUUUUUUUUUUUUUUUUUUUUCUUUUCCCUUUCUUGCUUAUUGGUACUGAGGCAAAAGUAUCUUCCACAAAACCUAAUGCCGUGAAGGCGUACCCGUGUAUGCAUAUAAAUAUAUACAUGUGCAUGCAUGCAUGUAUACACGCGUAUGUAUUCUGCUUUGACGCGGAUGGAGUUGUGGUGGAAGGGAGUCUUCUUGAUGAGGCCAUUAGGAGGGAAGGAGGGGAGAGCAACUAA